AUGUCUCGCCCCAGCAGCGUCUCCCCUCGGCCUCCGGGCUGCGGCCCGCCCGGCGGGGGUCCCUCCGCGGCCUCGGCCUCCGGCAGCGGCCGCGCCAAGGGGCUAAAGGAGAUUCGCAUCGACGAAGAAGUGAAAAUCGCCGUCAACCUCGCCCUGGAGCGGUUCCGAUAUGGGGACCAGCGCGAAAUGGAAUUUCCUUCAUCUUUAACUAGUACUGAAAGAGCUUUUAUUCACCGAUUAAGUCAGUCUCUUGGUUUGAUUUCUAAAAGCAAGGGGAAAGGAGCAAACAGAUAUUUAACUGUGAAGAAAAAAGAUGGAUCAGAGUUGGCACACACAGUGAUGACAUGUAAUUUGAUCCCUAACACAAAACAUGCUAUUAGAAGCCUUGUACAGAGAUUUCCAGUUACUAAUAAAGAGCGCACAGAGCUUCUGCCAAAGACAGAGAGAGGAAACGUAUUUGCUGUUGAAGCUGAAAAUAGAGAAAUGAGCAAAACAAGUGGCAGACUUAACAACGGCAUCCCUCAAAUCCCGGUUAAAAGGGGAGAAUCGGAAUUUGAUUCCUUUCGGCAAUCUCUGCCAGUUUAUGAAAAGCAGGAUGAAAUUGUUAGAAUUAUUAAAGAAAAUAAAGUUAUCUUGAUUGUGGGGGAAACUGGAUCAGGUAAAACCACUCAGAUUCCUCAAUUCCUACUGGAUGAUUGUUACAAAAAUGGAAUACCAUGUCGAAUAUUUUGCACUCAGCCAAGACGUUUGGCAGCAAUUGCUGUGGCAGAAAGGGUUGCUGCCGAAAGAAGAGAAAAGAUUGGGCAGACGAUUGGCUAUCAGAUCCGAUUGGAAAGCAGGGUUUCUCCGAAGACACUAUUGACCUUUUGUACUAAUGGUGUAUUGCUUCGUACACUAAUGGCUGGAGACAGUGCACUGUCAACUGUAACACAUGUUAUUGUGGAUGAAGUCCAUGAAAGGGAUCGAUUUAGUGACUUCUUGCUUACCAAGUUAAGAGAUACGUUACAAAAACAUUCAUCUUUGAAAUUAAUACUUUCCAGUGCUGCCCUAGAUGUGAACCUUUUUGUCAGAUAUUUUGGAGGAUGUCCAGUCAUAUAUAUACCAGGAAGACCAUUUGAAGUUAAAGAGUUGUUUCUGGAAGACAUAUUAAGAAGUACAGGCUAUACAAAUAAAGAGAUGAUAAAAUACAAAAAAGAAAAACUUCGAGAGGAGAAACAACAGACAACUCUGACUGAAUGGUAUUCUGCGCAAGACGAUAGCAAGCCAGAAUCACAACGAAAAAGAGCAAUUCCGAAUGUAGCUGAAGAAUAUGAUUUGUUGGAUGAUGGUGGCGAUACAGUUUUCAGUCAAUUGGCUGAAAAAGAUGCCAACUGCCUUGAACCUUGGUUAAUUAAAGAGAUGGAUGCUUGUCUCUCUGAUAUUUGGUUGCAUAAAGAUAUUGAUGCCUUUGCACAGGUGUUCCACCUUAUUUUAACUGAAAAUGUCAGUGUGGACUACAGGCAUAGUGAGACAAGUGCAACAACUUUAAUGGUAGCUUCUGGAAGAGGUUUCUUGAGUCAAGUUGAACAGUUGAUUGGAAUGGGAGCAAAUGUUCACAUCAAGUCAUCCAAUGGCUGGACAGCUUUGGACUGGGCUAAACACUUUGGACAAACAGAAGUGGUUGACCUGUUGGACUCCUACUGUGCUUCACUAGAGUUUGGUAAUCUAGAUGAAAGUUCCUUGGUCCAUGCGAAUGCUGGAGAACUUAGUGCAGAAGACAGAGAACUCUUGAAGGCUUAUCACCACAGUUUUGAUGAUGAGAAGGUGGAUCUUGACCUCAUUAUGCACCUCCUGUAUAAUAUCUGUCAUAGCUGUGAUUCAGGAGCAGUCUUAAUUUUCCUUCCUGGGUAUGAUGAGAUCGUUGGCUUGAGGGAUCGUAUACUAUUUGAUGACAAGAGGUUUGCUGAUAAUCCACAUAGGUUCCAGGUUUUUAUGUUGCAUUCAAAUAUGCAAACAUCAGAUCAAAAGAAGGUGCUGAAGACUUCACCCCCAGGCAUCCGCAAAAUAAUUCUUUCUACUAAUAUUGCCGAAACUAGCAUCACAGUUAAUGAUGUUGUCUUUGUCAUUGAUUCUGGAAAGAUGAAAGAGAAAUCCUUUGAUGCAUUGAACUGUGUAACUAUGCUAAAGAUGGUAUGGAUUUCUAAAGCUAGUGCCAUCCAGAGGAAGGGCAGGGCAGGACGUUGUCGGCCUGGAAUUUGUUUCCGGCUUUUCAGUAGACUCCGAUUCCAGAACAUGCUUGAAUUCCAGACUCCAGAACUUCUAAGAAUGCCUCUACAGGAGCUUUGUUUGCAUACAAAAUUGCUAGCUCCCAUCAACUGUCCAAUUGCUGACUUUUUAAUGAAAGCUCCAGAACCACCACCUGCUUUGAUAGUGAGGAAUGCUGUCCAGAUACUUAAGACAAUAGAUGCUAUGGAUACAUGGGAAGAUCUGACUGAACUUGGCUAUCAUCUGGCUGACUUACCAGUAGAGCCUCAUCUUGGUAAAAUGGUGUUGUGCGCUGUUGUUCUGAAGUGCCUGGAUCCUAUUCUGACAAUUGCCUGUACUCUUGCAUAUCGUGAUCCUUUUGUGCUACCCACACAGGCCUCUCAAAAACGUGCAGCUAUGUUGUGCAGAAAGCGAUUUACCGCAGGAACGUUUAGUGACCAUAUGGCCCUUCUCCGUGCUUUCCAGGCGUGGCAGAAAGCACGAAGUGAUGGCUGGGAAAGAGCUUUUUGUGAGAAGAACUUCCUUUCUCAGGCAACAAUGGAGAUUAUCAUAGGAAUGAGAACACAGUUGCUUGGACAGCUCAGAGCUUCAGGUUUUGUCAGAGCCAGAGGGGGAGGCGAUAUAAGAGAUGUCAACACAAAUUCAGAGAACUGGGCUGUGGUGAAAGGGGCCUUAGUGGCCGGAAUGUAUCCAAAUAUAGUUCACGUCGACAGAGAGAAUGUUGUCUUGACGGGACCGAAAGAAAAAAGAGUCCGUUUUCAUCCUACCUCUGUUCUGAGCCAGCCUCAGUAUAAAAAGAUUCCUCCAGCAAACGGUCAAGUGGCAGCUAUCCAGGCACUCCCCACAGACUGGCUUAUAUAUGAUGAGAUGACCAGAGCCCACAGAAUAGCCAACAUCAGGUGCUGUUCAGCUGUGACUCCUAUCACUGUUGCCCUCUUCUGCGGAUCAGCUAGGCUGCCGAGUAAUGCUUUACAGGAGCCUUCAUCCUUCAGAGUGGACGGCGUCCUCAAUGACAGCAGUGACAGUGAGAUGGAAGACAGAACAACGGCUAACUUGGCUUCACUGAAGCUGGACGAAUGGCUCAAUUUCAAACUGGAUCCUGAGGCUGCUAGUUUACUCUUGCAACUGAGACAAAAAUGGCAUAGUUUAUUUUUACGGCGCAUGAGAGCUCCUUCAAAGCCCUGGUCUCAAGUUGACGAGGCAACUAUACGAGCCAUCAUUGCAGUCUUAAGUACUGAAGAACAGUCUGCAGGUUUACAGCAACCAUCAGGAAUUGGGCAGAGACCAAGACCAAUGUCAUCUGAAGAACUUCCUAUAGUAUCUUCAUGGAGAUCAAACACUAGCAGAAAAAGCUCAGCCGAAGCAGACUUUGCAGAUGACACUUUUAAUCCUGAAAGAGUGCUAAUGAAAUCUGCAUCACCUGCAUUUCAACAGCCACUGAAAUACAAAGAAAGAAGUGUUCUGCACUCUAAACGUAGCACUGAUGACAGAUCAGAUCAGUCAUCUGUGAAAUCCACAGAUAGUAACAGCUAUCCUAGCCCUUGUGCCAGUCCUUCUCCUCCAUCAUCAGGGAAGGGUUCCAAGCCUCCUUCUCCAAGGCCAAACAUGCCAGUACGGUACUUCAUUAUGAAAAGCAGCAAUUUAAGAAACCUUGAGAUUUCACAACAAAAAGGGAUUUGGUCUACAACUCCCAGUAACGAGCGAAAACUGAAUCGGGCCUUUUGGGAAAGCAGUGUUGUUUACUUGGUAUUUUCUGUUCAGGGAUCAGGACACUUUCAGGGAUUUGCUCGAAUGUCUUCCGAGAUAGGACGUGAGAAAAGUCAGGACUGGGGAUCUACUGGUUUAGGAGGAGUAUUUAAGGUGGAAUGGAUCCGAAAAGAGAGUCUUCCCUUUCAGUUUGCUCAUCACUUGCUCAACCCUUGGAAUGACAACAAGAAGGUACAAAUAAGCCGAGAUGGCCAGGAACUGGAACCUCAGGUUGGUGAACAGUUGCUUCAGUUGUGGGACCGUAUUCCUUUAGGGGAGAGAAACAUAGUUGACUGAAGAUACGACAGUAGAUCUGAGGUAUGCUUUCUCCUG